AUGGUGAGUGCACCCAAAAAGGCCAAGAGGAGGCAGGGAGAGGGUGGCUCCUCCAAUGUGUUCUCCAUGUUUGAGCAGAGCCAGAUCCAGGAGUACAAGGAGGCCUUCACCAUCAUCGACCAGAACAGGGACGGCAUCAUCACCAAAGACGAUCUGAGGGACGUGUUGGCCUCCAUGGGUCAGCUGAAUGUGAAGAACGAGGAGCUGGAGGCCAUGAUCAAGGAGGCCAGUGGUCCAAUCAACUUUACUGUCUUCCUCACCAUGUUUGGUGAAAAGCUGAAGGGUGCUGAUCCCGAGGACGUCAUUGUUAGUGCUUUCAAGGUUCUCGACCCAGAGGGUACCGGCUACAUCAAGAAAGAUUUUCUUGAGGAGCUUCUGACCACCCAAUGUGAAAGGUUCAGUGCAGAGGAGAUGAAAAACAUGUGGACCGCCUUCCCUCCAGAUGUAGCUGACAAUGUUGACUACAAAAACAUCUGUUACGUCAUCACACACGGAGAGGACAAGGAGGAGUAAACUCCUUUCAGUGUCUUAUUUAUCUACCUCUUACCUCAACCCUCUCACACGUGGUUCCUUCAAUGGUUCCUUCUUCUCUGUGGCAUGCUCAGGCCCUCUCCUUUGAUGAAUGUUCCUCUCGUUCACACGGCUGAUAAUGAUAGACUUUAACUCCAUUGCAGAAAUCCUGAACUGGGAGUCAGGAUGGCUUUUGGAGGUGAUGGGAACAUUUUCAAUAAACAGUAA